AUGCCGAGCUUCUUUCAAUUCACACAAGGCAACGAGUCCCGAACCCGCCUCACUAGCGAUGCAUCCCCUCUUCUUGGCCGAUUCCGCGCCGUUCCUCAGCAAUCCGACAUCCCUGGCCGCCGCCGCCGCUCCAGCACCCUAGGCCUCCUCACGGCCAACAACCGUGGAAGUGUCCAUGUGGGUUAUGGAGCGCUGCUUUCCGCGUCGGGUCCUGAAAAUCAUGACGGCAAUGGGACACAGAGCGACUGGGAAGAUCUGGGUACCUGGGAAAGAACGUGGCGCAAGAUCUCCGAUGUUUGGGUAGAGCCGAAGCAGAGUGCUGUCAAAGGGGUCGUCGAUGUUUGGUGGAGUCGAUUUGGGGUGCUGGUGCUGAUGCCCGCUGCUCUGGCCAUUGCGUGGUGUGCCGUUCCGUUCCCCAAGUACUCGUUCCCCGGCGACGACGACGAUGACCGAGGUGAUACCGGACCAGGGUCCGGGCUUAAGAUACCCGGCCACGGCGAAGCAAGAGUGCAGAUCAACUUUUGGUUCUUUCUCUUUGUCUACUACGGGUUCUACAACGUCACGGCUCUGAUAUGGAUCACCAAGGUCUUCAACCUAUACAGCCUAAACUGGUGGCCACAGUCCCUUGGGUUCCCUGUCACCAUGUCACUCAUCGCACUGGUCUCCAUAGCGAUCCCGAUCCCCAUUUACCUAAGCCCGGAAACGCGCUUCCUCACCAUGCACAACACCGCGUGGAUCUCAUGGACCUUUAUAGUCAUGGCCAUGCCCGUCACAACCGCCUUCUGCAUCCUCCUCACAUCUCAGCGCCACCUCAAGCUGCGUCAGUCGCUCUCCGAAACGCAGCGCAUCUUCACAUCAUCUUGGUGGACAGGCGAGGCGGAAGGGAGCAUUCCUCGGCGCGAUAACCGCCGGCGGCCAAAUCUCAGCAGCGAUUCCUUCGACCCGGACAAUACCCUCCAGAUCGCUGCCGAUCAGUCUCGGCACAUUGGCGGCGUCAGAAUGCGUCGCAGAUGGCUUCCCGCCAGCUUUGUCCGGUUCAUCUGGUUCUGCCUGGCCCUCUUUGUUGGACUUUUGGCGUACGUGAUAGGAGAAGCCUACGCUGAGAUAUAUCUGCGGACGCUCCCUCACAACAAUCUAGAGACCAUUGUAUACGUCUACAGCUGGAUAAUCACUGUUCAUCUGCUCGAUGCCCUCACUGGCUGGCUGCUAGGUAUCCGCGAGGGUGAAAGGGUUGGCAGCUACCCGCUGAGCUGGGUCUUCAAGCUGUACUUCAUGCUCACCUACCAAACUUACGUCCGCGCCCUCUAUGCCCGCCUCCGCUCCCCGGAGCAAUUCAUCUACCUCCAGAUCCUCUCGAGCAGCACCCUCAUCAUCCUUACUCCGCUUACAAUGUCCCGCCUCUACCAUCGCAUCACAGUUGCCCUCAACUUUACUGACCAGUCGUACGCUUCGUACCAAAAGGUCUGCACUCGGAACGUAUUCAUCCGCUUCCUGGCCGAGAACGUCUCCAUGGCCGCAUUUCUCGGGGGCGUCCUCGUACUGCACUUCGGACCCAACAAGGACGUCUACCCCUACUUCGCCUUCGAUACGAAGGAAAAGAGCGACGACUACGACUUCAAUCUCACGUUCUGGGCCUCCUCCGUCACCUGGGCCUGUGAGCUCGUCGCGUCCGUCUGUGUUCGCGCGCUCAUCCGGUGGAUAUUUGGCGUCGAUGUCGGCAUGGAGGGCAAGCUCGACCUCGUUGUCUGGCCCGAGCUGCUGCCUACCAGCGUGGCCGUUAUGUUCCAUGUUCUGCAAAACAUGUUCUUCUCCAUCAUCCGACUGCAAUUCCACUAA